AUGAAAAAAACAAUAUCGUUGAUGUUAUUUCUUAUUAAAAUAAUUUCCAUUAACGCAAUAUAUUUAAACCUUGAUCUAUGUGCAAGAAAAGGAAGGUAUGGAAACAUAACUUUGAAGCAAACUGGAAGAGUUUUAGACUUCAAAGUAAGAUCAACCUUUGAGGCUAAUAAGGGAAAUUUAAUAACAUCAGUUUCUUGUGGUAGUGAGGUUUUUUACGAAGAUAUAAACCCUGGUGAUACAACAAGAAGAAUUAUAUCGGUUGAAGUUAGGGAACCGGUUGUAUUAAUAAAAAUAGAAUCUGAGUAUCUGGGUUACAAAGAAACAAAAUACUAUCUUAAUCAUGAAGAUCCGGUACCAAUAGAAGAAUGUGAAUACAAUAAAUAUUUAUAUGAUGAUGAUGAAAGGUUGAAAAAUCUAAGAUGA